AUGGCCAAAGAGGCUUCUCCCUUCAUCUCAAUAGGCGAAUCAUCAUACUACGUCGCGCUUGAGCACAGCCUCGCCAGCCUGUCGCCGGAGCUGGUCAAGAAGCUCGGCCGGUUCGAGGACGACCUGAUUCCAUGUACCGCUAUAGAAUGGAUGAGUACUGAAUUUUCCAACUCUGAUCUCAAAGCGAGUUGCGAAGAAUUUGCCGACAAGGACGAUGUCUGGUGCGAGGACUUUCUGUCGCUUGUGAUUCUCUUGCAACCGAGCCAUGGGCGACAUGGCCUCAAGAGUAAACAUGUUUUCUCGGUCGACAAGUCGAAGCACAAAUUGUCUGAUGGUCCGUUUAUGGUCUCGAGAUCUUCUGGGCACGUUUUCCCAGUCUUCAAAUUUCUUCAAGACACUCACAAGGCGUUCGUGAGUGGUAUCAUUCAGAAGACAACCUCGUCCUCGAUCCUACAUGAACUUGAGACAACACGUGGAAUCGCAGUGCCUUCGAAACUGCGCAGUGUUCAUGACGAUAGGCCACUUGCAGGUCUUCGAUUUGCGGUCAAAGAUACCAUCGCCUUGAAGGAUACAAAGACCGGAUAUGGAAGCCGAGCCUGGUUUGAAAGCUGCUCUCCUGAAAAGCGGACGGCCCCAGCGAUCAAAGUGCUUACGGAUGCAGGCGCUGUGUUGGUGGGCAAGUUGAAGACAACCGAAUUCGCCGAAGGCACAGAUCCUUGCGAAUGGCUUGACGACGUGUGCCCUUACAACCCACGAGGUGACGGCCAUCAGAAGCCUUCGUCAUCCAGUGCAGGCAGCGCCGCAGCCGCAGCCGCUUACGCCUGGCUCGAUUUCACCGUUGGAACUGACACCGGUGGCUCGAUCCGACAUCCGGCGGGUGUUCAAGGUCUGUUGGGCCAACGACCUUCACACGGUCUCAUCAGUUUGGAAGGUGUACUCGGGGCGACCAAUGUCUUCAACACGGUGGGUAUCUUUGCCCGAGACGUCGAAAUCUUUGCGCGGGUGGGGUCGUAUUUCGUCGAUCCCACUGGGGAGCCACUACCGGUCUCGACAGGCCGGAAAUACAACUUGCUCUAUCCGACUCGAGCUCCCCAGAUCGACAACCCGGACCAGCACCACCACGGCCAACAUCGGUGGUUCCCACAUCCGUCUGUGGAUCUCUCCUUCCGGACCGAGGCCGAGAAGAGGAUCGAGAGUGUCGUCCAAGACCUCGAAACUCUGCUCAAAGGCGAAAGGAUAGCGUUCAACAUUAAUGAGCUUUGGCACGCGACGCCGCCAAUCGGUCAACCUCGCUCACUCGAUGAAGCCGUGGGGCACAUCUACUCGGCCAUCACGACGGCGUCGGCGUACCACGGCGGGCUGGACAAGUUCAUACAGGGCUACGUCGAUACACAUGGCGGAGCAAUGCCCAAGAUGUCUGAAGUGGUCCGCCGCCGUCUCGAACAUGGUCGCGCUCUGCCUCCACAUAAAAUCGCCGAGGCGCUUGAAGCUAUGCAGGCCUUUCGGAAAUGGACCGAAACGACAUUGUUCGGGUCAUACGACCAAGACGCAACCACGCUGCUCAUCUUCCCCCAAUCAUGCGGUCGCCCGGACUAUCGAGACGAGAUGUCCGACCGCACCGAGCUAUUCAACGAUACCUUCAGUAUCUACUCCUUCGGGUACCUGGUCGGGUGUCCUGACUACACCAUUCCGGUGGCAGAAGUCCCUUACCAUUCCACGGCGACCGAUCAACUCGAACACCUCCCCGUCUCAAUUAGCUUGGUAGGCCGUCCGGGUUCUGAUCUUGAGCUGUUCAAUGUUCUUCGUCAACUGCACGCCGCUGGUAUCAUUAGAGACGUCGCGGCCGGACCUAGAAUGUAUCCUUCUGAUACACUGUAA